AUGAAAAACGCUCACGAAUUGGUGCUGCUCCUAUCCGUCGUAAUCGGCACCACAGCCGUGGACUGGCAGUCCCUCAAAGCGGUAGACAUUGAUCCCAAAUUGCCAAUGACUCAUCGCCAUAAUGCGCCCGCAGGUCGCAUAACCAAGGGCCAACCUGCUGGCAGAAAUCAGUUUCCUUACCAGGUGGGACUCAUGCUGUACAUAACAGGCGGCGCAGCUUGGUGUGGCGGUACUUUGAUUAGUAAUCGGCAUGUGAUCACGGCGGCUCACUGCACGGACAGUUUGACCACUGGUGUGGACGUCUAUUUGGGCGCCUGGGAUCGCACCAAUAGGUCGGAGGAAGGUCAGCAAAUCAUCUUUGUGGCAACCAAAUACGUGACUGUGCAUGAGGAAUGGGAUUUAGAUAACCUAACCAACGAUAUAUCCGUUAUUAUGCUGCCAGCACCAAUCGAGUUCAAUGAGUACAUUCAAGCCGCCAAGCUGCCCGUCAAACAGGAGUCGUACAACCUUUAUGCAGGCGAGCAGGCGAUUGCAUCCGGCUGGGGCAAGAUCAGUGAUAGUGCAACUGGUGCCACCGAUAUUUUGCAGUACAUUAAUGUGCCCAUCAUGACAAAUUCGGGUUGCUCGCCUUGGUAUGGAGGUAUUUUGACAAAUAACGUCAUCUGUAUCAAGACCACCGGCGGCAUCUCCACCUGCAACGGUGACUCUGGUGGUCCUUUGGUCUUGGCUGAUGGCAGCAAUACCUUAAUAGGUGCCACCUCCUUCGGUAUUGUUUUUGGCUGUGAGCUGGGCUGGCCAGGUGUGUUCACGCGGAUCACGUCGUAUUUAGAUUGGAUCGAGAAUAACACUGGAGUGGUUAAUAAUGGUUAUAAAGGACGGUUUGCUUAA